CAACCUCCUUCGUCGAAACUAGAACAGGUCAAUUCCACUCCCUCAUCACCCAAUCCACAAACCUUCUUCCUCAAUGGAAAUGGCAGAAUCAAAUAUAAACACCAUUAACACAAUCAAAACCAAAAGGUUAAUCUCAAGGAUUUCAUCAGAGAAUGGCCAUGGCGACUUGGAAUCAAACUCCCUUUGAUUGCUUCAUCAUCCUGCUUUUGCUUGUAGCGUUUUCAAACGCUCAAUCUGAUGUAUUGACACAAGGCCAGGAACUAACACCUGGGUCUUGGCUAAUCUCAGCCACAGGGGCUUUUUCCCUCGGGUUUUACAGUCCUAGUCUACUCAACAACAGUCACAUAGCCAUUUGGUAUGAAGGAGAUCCAAAGAACCCAGUGUGGAUAGCCAAUCCAAAUUUUGCAUUUCCCAGAGAUUUUGGGAUGCCCUGUCUCACAAUCGACAGCAACGGCAGCUUGAAGAUUGUACCUAAACAAAGAAAUGGACAUGCCUAUAGUUUCUAUCUCUAUGAAGCUGAAGAGCCCAUGAACAGCAGCGCCAUUCUACUCGACAAUGGCAAUUUUAUAUUAGGUGUGUUGAAUCCUGAUGGGUCAAUCAAGCAACAGCUAUGGCAGAGCUUUGAUCAUCCAACCGACACUCUUCUACCUGGGAUGAAAAUUGGGAUCAAUCAUAAAACUGGAUCUACUUGGUCUAUAACAUCACAAAGAGGAGAUUAUUCUGUUCUAUCAGGGUCUUUCACACUCACAAUGAAUCCCAACAAUACAAACCAGUUACUGCUAUUACAUAGAGGAGCUAUUUUCUGGACUAGUGGAAACUGGCGGGAUGGCCGGUUUGAAUUCUCAGAAGAACUUUCAAGCAUCAACAAUCAAGAAUUCGUGUUCAGGCGAUUUUCGAAUGAGAAUGAGACCUUCUUCAAUUACUCAACCUCCAACUUGAACAAUGGAGUGAUUGAAAUUCAACCCCGGUUGAGAUUGGUAAACGAUGGAAGAUUGGUGGGGAGUAAGUGGGAUUUGAAAGUUGAAUGUCCCUAUUUUGAGAACGAGUUGUUUGAGGUGGCUAAGGGUGUUUCUGGAGAUGGGUGUGUGGGGAAGAAGCAGCACAAAGUACCAGAAUGUCGAAAUCCGCCGAAACGAUUUUCGACCACGCAGAGAUUUGGUAACAUGGAGAGAAAUAGUUUGAGAUACAGUGACAGUGAGAAUCUCACAAUUUAUGAUUGUGAAAAGAUAUGCAUUUCAAGCUGUGGUUGCAUAGCUUUUAGUUCUACGAAUGAAGAAGGCACUGGCUGUGAGACAUGGAAUGUGGGAGCAAUGUUUGUUCCUGGGAAGGGAAGCAGGCGGAUUAUUUGGUCCAUUCAGGAGACUGAAGGGAAAGUUCCUGCAGGAAAAAAAAGGGUAUGGUUGGAAGUAACAAUCGGUGUAAUAGUACCUACAACUCUUCUCCUAUUGUGUUUUAUUUUCUAUCUCAAAUGGAAAACACAAAUACACAAAGCUAUAAGAAAACUGAGGAAGGAUUCAGAGCAUCAAAAUUUUCUACAACAAAUGGGGGCCAAAUCUAAUAGUUCUAACAUUCUGAAAACUAAGAACAAGCAGAGAAGAGAUAUAAAGAACUCCGAACUGCAGUUCUUCACAUUUGAAAAUGUAGUUUCUGCAACAAAUAAUUUCGCUGACAAUUGUAGGCUGGGAGAAGGUGGUUUUGGACCCGUUUAUAAGGGAAGUUUGGAUGAUGGCCAAGAAGUUGCUAUUAAGAGACUGUCAAAGAAUUCCGGACAAGGACAAGAGGAGUUUAAGAAUGAAGCCAUGCUGAUUGCCAAACUGCAACACACUAAUCUGGUUAGGCUUAUUGGUUGCUGCAUUCAUAAAGAAGAGAGAUUAUUGGUGUACGAGUACAUGCCCAACAAAAGCCUUGACUCCUUCCUCUUUGAUCCAGUGAGAAAUUUAGUACUAGAUUGGGACAAACGACUGCACAUAAUCCAAGGGAUAAUUCAAGGACUACUUUACCUUCACACCUAUUCUAGAUUACGAAUAGUUCAUCGAGAUUUAAAAGUUAGCAACAUCUUGCUUGAUGAUGAAAUGAAUGCAAAAAUAUCGGAUUUUGGCAUGGCUAGAAUCUUUAAGCCCACGGAACAAGAAGCAAAUACUAGUCACAUUGUUGGUACAUAUGGUUAUAUAUCACCUGAAUUUGUAAUGGGCGGUACUUUCUCGAUAAAAUCAGAUGUCUACAGCUUUGGAGUGCUGUUAUUAGAGAUCAUAACAGCUCAAAAAAACUACAACAAUUAUGACGUUGGACGGCCUAUCAAUCUCAUAGGACAUGCAUGGGAACUGUGGAUGGAAGGCAGAGGAGAAGAACUGAUUGAUUCAACUUUGUACAACUCCGAUCAGAAACAAAAAGCUCUAAGAUGCAUCCAUGUUAGUCUUCUAUGCGUCCAACAAAUGCCAGCAGAUAGACCUACCAUGCUUGAUGUUCAUUCCAUGAUUCUUAAUGAUACUACUCAACUUCCAUUGCCUAAACAGCCUCCAUUUUUCAUCACCCAGAACGCCAAAUUGGAAGGGAUGAUAGAUGGCACAGAGAUCAAAUCAGAAUCAACAACAGAAAUACGUUCUUCGAAUAACAUGUCAGUCUCUAUUAUGGUUGCCAGAUGAUUUUCUUCAGUUCGGUCUAAUCUUCUAUAUUUUAAAAGGGUUCUAGCAUAGCUCUUGAACUAUAAUUUUGUGUCUAAUAGAUUUUUGCCUUUAACUUAGCUAUAUUAAUGUUUAUGUAUCUAAGUUGUGAGCUGAUUUCGUGUCAGUUACCAGUGUUUAAUGAUAUAAACAUCAGACCUUGAGUUAACAC